GGCAUACCCUAAUACGACUAGUUAGUGCCGCGACAUCGAGACGUGGUGCAUCACCUCUCCCGACUAACUGCCAUCACGAAAUCCGAUCUAAAGUCCCAUCAAUCCGACUCGAGACGCGCGCAAACAUUGAGCAGGCCUGAUUCACCGAACGUUCCCGUCUCGAACCGCCCAGCCCAUCAUGGCCAACUUCGCACCACCGCCCUCCUCGACGGAGUCGCUCAUCCCGCAAACUACCUCGAUGGAUUCUCUUAACUCUCACCCGGCUACUGCUGCCCAGGCCAAGGCUUUCACCGAUCCUUCGUCGCUUUCCUUCCCGGGUGGCACUGUCAACAUGGUAUCAGGCUCCGAGGAUGGACGAAGUGUCAACGGCAAUGCGGUAGUUCCUCAGACUCCUUCUGCGGCUUCAGCGGCUGCGGCUGCGGCUGCAACAGGCGGGAGUGGUUUGACGCCUACGUUACAGAACAUCGUCGCUACAGUGAAUCUGGAUUGCCGCCUGGAUUUGAAGACGAUCGCACUGCAUGCUCGCAACGCUGAAUACAACCCCAAGCGAUUUGCGGCGGUCAUCAUGCGCAUUCGAGAUCCGAAGACCACAGCCCUGAUCUUCGCAUCGGGCAAAAUGGUCGUGACUGGAGCAAAAUCUGAGGAUGACUCGAAACUUGCGUCUCGCAAGUACGCGCGUAUCAUCCAAAAGCUUGGCUUUAAUGCCAAGUUCACCGACUUCAAGAUCCAGAACAUUGUGGGCAGUUGCGAUAUCAAGUUUCCCAUUCGCCUGGAAGGCUUGGCGUCGCGUCAUCACAAUUUCAGUUCUUACGAACCUGAACUCUUCCCCGGCUUGAUCUACAGAAUGAUCAAACCAAAGAUCGUCCUCUUGAUCUUCGUCAGCGGAAAGAUUGUGUUGACUGGAGCCAAAGUCCGCGAGGAGAUCUACCAGGCCUUUGAAAUGAUCUACCCCGUUCUACAAGACUUCCGCAAGAUUUAAAGCGGCUGGCGACCCUGUUGCGCAUGAGCAACAGUGUACCAUCGUUCCAUCAAGGUUGGUUUUUCACGACGAAGAUAACAGGCAAAUCUUGGUCUAGCAGUUCAAUGGAGACAUUGCAGAGUGGUGAUAGUUCUGCAUAGUCUCCUUGCUCUGGGCCGCC